AUGGAAAUCUAUUAAUUUUAUCAAUUGAAUAAUCAAAUUAUUUGUUUGCUAUUAUUUUUUAUGAUAAAGAUAAUUAAUUAAUUAUAUGGUUAAUGCUAUAAAAAUUCAUAGCAAUUAGCUUAUGCCUUUUCAUUAAUUAAGUCUUAGAUUUUUUAUUAAGUAUUAGCUGAAUUUUCAAUCAUCAUAUAUAAUCAAAUUCUCAAGCAAUUAUAAAGAAAUAAUUGGAAUAAAAUUAAAGAGGAAAAGAACAAAAGAAAAAAUAUAUAUAAAGAAAUAAAAAAAAAGAUUAAAAAAUAAAGAAAAAAUAAUUAGAUGUCAGGAUCUGAGGAUUCAAUUGAAAAUCAAAGUUCAUUUGAUGAUGAUAGUUAUUCAGACGGACGUCUUCCUCGCUCAUCUAAGAGAAAGGGAAGAAAACCAAAAUCGUAAGCCAUUAAAGAAGAAGAUGGAGCAGAUGGUGAAUUGAAUGAAGAAAGGGAUGUCAGAAAAAGGCAAACAAGAUAGAAAGUCACUAAUGGCAUUAAGAGUCUCCUUGAAUAGGAAAGAGAUGUAGAUUAGUAAAUUCUGGAAGCAGAAUAAGAAGAAGCAGCUGCAGCUGCAUAAGCAAUGGAAAAUGAUGAAAAUGCUGGAAGCGAACCAGGCGGAAUUUUUUAUCCAGAGAUAGAUUAAAUACUUUGGAAGCGUUUUAAAAAGGGUUCAGAAAGCGAAUAUGAGUAUCUAGUGAAGUACAAAGAGUACUCUUACCUUCAUUGUGAAUGGUUAGAAGAAAAAGAUGUUAUAGGUGAUUCAAAGUCUGGAAAAAAUAAACUCAACAGAUUCAACAAAAAUUUUGAAAAAAAGCUUCACGACGGUGAUUUCGAUGAAGAUGCAGAGGAGAAUGAAAGAUAUUUUGAUCCUACCUAUAUAGAAGUAGACCGUAUUCUACAAUGCGUAGAACUUUUCCCAAUAAUACAUCCUAAAAAGGCUAAUGAAAUUAAAGGUAAAUGGAGCGAAUUGCUUGUAGUCAUAAUACAAAAGCUCUUGAAUUUUACAAAGGACGAUGUGCAUUAUGGUAUUUAUUUUAUGGAACCAGUUAAUCCUGAACGUGAUAAUUGCCAAAAUUAUAAAAAAAUUAUCACUAACCCUAUGGAUCUUGGAACUAUUAGCAAUAGAUUGUAUUUAGAUUAUUAUAAGAGUUUCUAACACUUCUUUUAAGAUUUUGGCUUAAUAUUUAAGAACUGUAGAAAAUACAACAAAGAUCCUGAAUCAGACAUUAGAAUUCUUUGUGAUACUCUUCGUGAAGCAGGUAUAAUCCUAUAUGAUGAAUGGUUCUAAAUUCAGAAAAAGAUUUAUGAAUUACUAAUUAAAGACUUUAAUUAAAUGAAUGAUCCCGAGUAUAUCAAAAAGAAAGAAGAAGAGAAGAAAAUUGAAAUUUAAAAGUAAGCUUAGAAAAGAAAAAAGACAUUUUAAAAAUAAACCAUCACCCUCACAAAGAAGCUAAUUGAAAUAUAGCAAAAAAUAAAGAAGGCAGAAGAAGAUGAAUUAGAAGGAAAGCUUAAAAGUGAAUAAGAAGAAAAGGAUUAAGCCCAAGAUAAAAUGGAUGUUGAAGGAGAAGAAGGCAUUCAAGCAAGUGAUAAAAAAGUAAGAAGACCUCGCUUUAGCUUGAUUGAUGAAAUGAAGCUUUUUUCUGCAGAACAUUAAGAAGAAAUAAGCAAUAACUUAACUUUAAAAGACAUUGAUAUGAAGGAAGAGCAUGAAAUUAAAAAUGUUAUCAAUAUCUUCAUUUAAGCUAAUAAAUUCUUGCUGGAUGUAGAAUUCUCAGAUGAUGAGGAUGCUAAAUUAGAAAAUGAUGAAAAUAAAAUUAAAUCAAGCUGUGUAGGAGAUGAAAAUGAAGAAAACUAGCUCUCAGAAGAAUAAAAAGCUGAAAAACGUAAAAAAAUUCGUGAAGAAGCUGUAGCAAAAUAUAUCGAUGCCAUGUUCUAGUCAAUAAAAAAUCGCCGUAAAAAAGGAUCAGUUGUAGACUUGACUCUUGAAGAAAUCGAGAAAUACAAUCCAGGUAAAUAUAAUUAUAAUUGGUUGGCAGAUGAAGGACUUAAUUCUGCAAGCGUUGAAGAGGAACUCUCUGUAUAUAUUUCUGCAGAAGAAGCUGAUGCAUUAUCUCUUUCAGUUGAGAUAGAUACCUUAUAUCUUGUGAAAUGGAAAAAUUUAUCUUAUCUUGAAAGCACUUGGGAACACGAGAGCAUUAUCGCUAAUCAGACUAAGAUAAAUGACUAUCGUAUGUAUAAUCGUGCCCUUGAUAAGGAAUCUCGUCAAGUUUUAAGUUAAUAACUUGAGCGCCACAAAACAUUACUUGAUCUAGAGUAAAACCCAAAGAAAAAGUAGAAGAUUGGUCCAUAAGGACUUAUUGAAUUAAAAAAUAAACUCUUUUUCUAUGAUGUUGCUAAUUACAAAUAGCCAUUUUAAUAUACAUAAAAGACACAACCUAUCUAUAAAUAGAGAAAACUCCUUCGUUAUUAUUAAUUAGAGUCUCUCAACUGGAUGAUUGAAGCUUGGUAUAGUAAAAGAAAUGUUAUUUUAGCUGAUGAAAUGGGUCUCGGUAAAACUAUUUAAUCCACUGCUUUUAUUAAUCACCUUUACACUUUUGAAAAUGUUCGUGGUCCUUUCCUAAUUAUAGCUCCUCUGAGUACUUUAGAGCACUGGAAGCGUAGUGUAGAAGAUUGGACAAAUUUAAAUGCUGUUCUUUACUAUGACCACUCUGGUUAGGAAGGCCGUAAUUGUUGUAGAUUCUACGAAUGGCUAUAUACUGAUAUCUCUACUAAAGGUACUGUAUUAUAAUCAAAUGAAAUCUACAAAUUCUAAGUCUUAAUCACUUCAAAUGAAGUAUUCUUGAGUGAUACCAAUAAUUUCCUCAUAAAUAUUCCCUUUUAAUUUAUUGUUGUCGAUGAAGCUCACAGACUUAAAAAUCAAAAUGCAAAAAUUUUAGCAACAUUAAAACGCUUACCUUGCAAGCGUACACUCCUUUUAACAGGUACUCCUAUUUAAAAUAACACAGAAGAACUAUGGACUUUGCUUAAUUACAUUGAACCAAACAAAUUUGCAAGUCUUCAAGAAUUCAAAGAAUAGUUUGGUGAGUUACAAAACAAAGAAUAAGUAGAUAAUUUGCAAGUAAAAAUUAAACCAUUUUUACUGAGACGUAUGAAAGAAGAUGUAGAAGACAGUAUUCCUCCUCUUUAAGAAACAAUUAUAGAUAUUGAAAUGACUACUCUCUAAAAAACUCUUUAUCGUGCUAUCUAUGAAAGAAAUAAAAGUAUGCUCCAAAAGAAUUUUUCAUCUAUGGCUAUGAAUACUUCACUUAACAAUUUAGAAAUGCAACUCAGAAAAUGUUGCAAUCAUCCUUUCUUAAUUAAAGAAAUGGAAAUAGAACUCACCCAAAAUUUUAAAACUUCUGAAGAGCGCUAUAAAUGCCUUGUUGAUACUUCUGGUAAAAUGAUUUUACUUGAUAAGCUCGUUCAGAAAUACAAAAUUGAAGGAAAGAAGAUUUUGAUUUUCUCUUAAUUCGUUUAUAUGCUAAACUUACUUGAAGAAUAUCUUCGUUAUCGUUAACUUAAGUAUGAGAAAAUUGACGGAUCAGUUAAAUCUAAAGAGCGUUAGAAUGCUAUUGAUCGCUUCAAUGACCCUGAUAAAAAGCGUGAUGUUUUCUUACUUUCAACUAAAGCUGGUGGUCUUGGUAUUAACUUGACAUCUGCAAAUAUUGUAAUAAUAUUUGAUUCAGAUUGGAAUCCUUAAAAUGAUGUCUAAGCUACUGCUCGUGCUCAUCGUAUUGGCCAAAAAUAAGAAGUUAUGGUCUAUCGUUUUAUCACAAAAAAAACUUACGAGGCUGAAAUGUUUGAACGUGCUACUAAAAAGCUAGGAUUAGAUUAGGCUAUAUUUAUGGGUGGUGAGUUCAAAUCAGUCUAAGGUAACAAGGAUGAAUCUAAGAAGCUUGGUAAAAAUGAUGUAGAAAGUCUUCUGAAAAAGGGUAUUCUUGGUUUGGUAAAUGAAGAAGAAGAAAACAAAAAAUCUAAUGAAUUUUAAGAAGAAGAUAUUGAUAUGAUUUUAAAGAACAAUACUCGUAUUGCUAAGUAUUCGGUCAUAAAUGGCAGCUAUAGUUUCAGCAAAGGUUCAUUCAUAUCCAACAAGGCAGAUACUGACCUCAAGAUUGAUGAUCCUAAUUUUUGGAAUAAAGUAUUAAAAGACUAAGAAAGUAAGACUUUAUUGGCUCUUAAAGAAUAUGAUGAGCGCUCUAAAAUACUUUCUGUUGAUGUUGAAGAAUAAAAGAAAUAUUUCUUUAAAGUUUGUGAAUUUGUAAAUGAUCUUAUUUCAAGUAAAUUGAGCUUAAUUGGCUACAAUGCUGAUGAUGAAAAAAAUAUUACCGAUAUUUUAAAUAAAAUUUCUGAUAGUAAAGACUUCCAUACUAAAUAUAAAGAUCUUGCAAUGAAUUUUAUUUAUGAAGUCUCUCGCCCCUCUCGUCGUUUCCGUAAAGUUACCUUGCAAGAUUUGGAUGUUACUAAUCCAGAAAAUCAGAAAUCUAAAAAGAAUAUUUCCAAUUCUUCUGACGAAAAUGAUCUCUUUUAUGAUGGAUACUCAGAUUUAGAAUCAGAUGAAUUAGGCGUUGGUUCUGUAAAUAACUUCCCAUCAGAAAAAAAGACUGGAAGUAAAGACAAAGAAAAAAGUUCAGAAAAUGGUGGCAGCGGAGUAAGUAAAAAAGAAGACCUCUUCAAGAAAUUAUGCUAUUAUUGCGAUCGCCCAAAAUGCACUGUAUUCUGUUAAGGUCAUUGUAAGAGAUCAUUCCAUAGUGAAUGUAAAGAGAGAGUAGAAGCAGGAUGGAUUAAUGAAAAUGGUAUGACAAGCGAAACUAGAAUCGUACCUACUGAGGAUCAUUACGAUGAAGAACGUCUUAAAAAAAUGUUAAAUAUUAACUAUACAUGCAAGGAUUGUGAAGCAAAUACAGCUAUCUGCUUUAUUUGCAAAAAAAAAGGAAGUUUCUUCCCUCCUGCCGUUUUAAAUAAAUAAAAUAAGCGUAUUUAAUAAUAAAAAUAAAAAAUUAUUGCAGAGAAAGAAAAGCAAAAGGACCCAUCUAAUGAAAUAGUUGAGGAAUCUGAGAAUGAAUUAGAUGAAGAUUAUGACUUGGUUGAAGAUGAUUCAGUAUCAUAAAAAACAAGUGAUUUGACAAAAUGCUCAACUGCUAAUUGUAAUAAAUUUUACCAUCCUGUUUGUAUUAAGCCUUAUGCCUUAUUCAAGUACAUUGAUUCAAAUAAUAAACGUUUCCGUUGCCCAUUACAUUAUUGUGCUCAUUGCUUUAUUUCUGGAGAUUCUAUGGCUAUUUCUUAAUGUGUUAGAUGUCCUAAAGCCUAUCAUCUUCGCUGCUUUGAAAAAGCUAAGGUCCUGAAACUUACAAAAAAACUUAUGCUUUGUGAAGAUCACCCUCAUUAAUAUUAUAAAAACAUACAUUCUAGCAGCGGAUCUAAUUCAAAUAAUAAAAAUAGCUCAUCAUAAUCAAAUAACAACAACAAUAAUAAUAAUAGCAGAUAGUAGAGUUCAUAAAAUGUAUCUGCUAGUAACACUAAUACUAGAUCCAAAUCUGGUGCAACAAAUAGCAACGAUAACAUUGUUGAUGAUACUUAACAAAAGAAAUAAAAAUUAAAUAAUGGUACAGGAUAAGUAAGCACAAAUAAUAAAACUUCUUCAAAUAAUUCAUCCUAAUAAAAUGGUGUUAAUUAAGCAAAGGAAGCUCUGGAAAAAGCCACUUAACCAGCAGCAAAUUCUAAUCAAUCUUAAGCAAAUACUUCUGGAAGAGAAGGUAGAAUGACUCGUUCUCAAGAAAAAAAUAUUCAAAAUUAACAAUCCACAAUUAGUUAAUUCUUUGGAAAAAAAGACAAUAAACUUAAAGAAAAGUAAGACUAAAAAAAUGUAAAAUUAGAAGAUUAAAUAAAUUAAGAAGGAGAUGACUUAAAUAACAGUCAAAAUAAUGGAAACUUAGAAAACGGAGAAUAAGAAUAGACUGUUGCUCCUAAACCUAAAGCUAAAAAGCCUGCUCCUCCCCCUCCACCACCACCAAAAGAGCGUGAACCUCCUUAAUUUUCAUAUGAAGACUUUAAGAUCCCAUCACAAAAAGACUUUGACUACCAGAAAUAUCAAAGGGAUUGGUGCAGAUAUUGUGGUGCAAGAUUCUCAAGCAAUUUCACAAAAGGACCAUGGGGACCUAGAACACUCUGCACAGUUCAUUAUAUAGCAUGGAAUCAAAAGAAGAAGUUGGAUUUAAGGGCUUAUAAAGAACUACCUACUAAACCUAUAAAUCCUGAUGACUAAACUGAGCUACAUUUUAUGAGUAGACUAAAAUAAAAGGAUGAGUCUUACAAUCCAGAGAUUCUUUUGAAGGAGAUGAUGAAUAUUAAUCUUAAUGGCCUCUCAUCUUUGAAUAGCUAAGAAUUGAAAGAUGUAAAUUAGGAUAGUAACUCUGGUAAAGCUUCAAGUUCAGAAAAAUAGGAAUCAAAAAAAGAAACACCUGCCUCUAACACAAAUAAAAAUGAAACAAAGACAGAGGAAGAAGAUGGCUAAAAAAUAAACAAGGUUUGA